AUGAAGCGGCUCAACUUGUUAAUCACAUCGCUCUUCGCUGUAAUCAAUGUUUGCCGAGCAUCAGAGUCAGUGCAAAUAUGCCACAUCGAUCCAGGGCUGCAUUCGGAUGCAUGCAUGGCAAUAAAGACUGUCAAAUCGCAGCAUGCAAGAGGACAUGAUUUGCUCAUGACCUUUUCCGUCAAGUUCUAUCAACGUCGCGGAUGGGCAGCCUUUGGAGUUGGAGAGAUCAUGGAUCGAGCUUUGAUGUUUGUGCUAUGGCCAGGAGAACAAGAAGGUGUUGGACACGACGCACCACAUCCGCUCAAGAACCAGAGACAGGUUCACGUGCAUAGGACGGAAGUUGACGAGAAUGGUUUCCAUGUCUUGCAGGCCACUUGUUACUCGUGCGAGACGGUUGGUUUAGGUCCACUGAACGCUACCAGCGAACAACAACCAUGGUUAUUUGCGAGCAGCUCUAUACAAAAGACCAGAACCAACGACCCAAGCUUGAGGAUGGAUAUGCAUACAGAUUAUGGUCUCAAGUUCCUCGAUAUGGCGCAGGCGAUAUCCACGAACCAGGCCGAGGAAUAUCCAAUAAUCACUGGAGAUCGUUCUUCGACUCAUGAUCUGGGCUCUUCCGAGCUUCGAAAUCCAGCGAUCCGCUCCCCUUUCAACAUGUGGGACGCGCAUGGAGCGAUACUAUCUUUUGCUGUCGUUCUCAAUUGUAUUGGAAUUUUCUUGAUUCGCAGCGGACUUGAGUGGUCAUUUCGUGGUCAUUGGAUCGUGCAAGCACUCUCUGCCUCUGGCCUAUUAGUUGGCUGUUUCAUCGGUGUAAUGAAAAGCACACAUCUGUUCCAGAUUGGUAGUUUCACGUCGAUACACAAGAUGAUUGGUCUUGCGAUCGCUGUCGCAGUGCCAGUUCAGAUCACAUUCGGUUACAAACACCAUAUAAACUACAUAAAGUACGGAGAGCGGACUAGAUCUUCCCUGGUUCAUGUUUAUCUUGGCCGCAUCCUCUUUCUGGCUUUAAACCUCAAUGUCUUUCUUGGGCUUUUACAUGGGAGGAAGAGCAUCAAGUUACGAUGGCUCUGGGCGAUGGUGGUAUUUAUUGAGAUGCUGGCAAUAAGUAUGAUGAUGUUUGCGAAGCGCACCAACAUCAAAAAGGGCUAUGGGCAUGUGGAAGGUGAGGAAUUCGAUCCGUUUGUGAUUGGUGAUGAGGAAGAGAAACUGAGGGAUCCUGACUCAUUCGACGAGGGAUCUAGCAAGGCUAGCGUUACCUCCUAG